CACAUUAGAGUUCGAACCUCUUCUCCCUUCGUUCGUCGGCCAGCGGAGGGACCGCGCUCUCGGAGGGAUCUCGGGACUAUUUUUCCCGGCGCCGACGGCGGGAGUCAGACGUCGCGCUUCCGUUUCCCGUCGACGACCGACGAGAAGAAUCCGAGCGGCAGAAGCCGAGGAAGCGGCGUCGAUUCGAACCGGACUUGCGACACUCGCGACUCGGAUAUGGAAGACAUUCGGGUGGACGCCGACCCGUUCGAGACCGGCCAAGUCGAUCUGAAGGACCUGUGGACGUCCGGCGGCUACGAGGCGAAUUUCGCCGAGAUGAACGUGGAUUCCGAAGCAGAUUGGUCGGAUAUUUUGGACAACAACCAACAAAUCGUGCUGAACGACAGGAUGAUGACGGACGCCGUCCAGUCGCCUCAUAUUCAGACGGAGCACAGCUACUCGCUGACUCUCAACGAGGAGAUGCCCCAAUCGCCCUUCGCCAUCCAGUCCAGGUUGGAAGAGUACGGAAAAGAUAUGGACACUGACUGUUUUCCCUCCGUCACCGACCAAUCGGACUUUCCGGACGAAGUGGUAAUUAAGAGAGAGCCUCCUUCACCUUCUUCUCCCACUCCUCCUCCUCCUCUUCCUCCCGAAACAAAACCCGUACCAGCAGCUUCCUCAUCUUCAGAUUCGCCGUCCGUAGCCGCCGUCCAUCCCAACAGUCUACUAAAGCAGCCUACUAUUGUUUUGGCUGGCCGACCCGGAUCGGGAUCGACUCACAAGCCUAAGGAACCUUGUAUGACAGUACCGAAAGUCAGCAUCAAGUUGGAACCUUUGGUCGCUGCCACCACAUUUGCCUUACCUCCCACGCCACCGUCCAGUAAUGGAAGUGAUUCCGAUGGUAGUCUCUCCCCCGUUCAUGCUGGUAGCCAUCCACCUUCACCUUCAGCUCCCCCGCCUAACGGAUCAACGUCCAACAGGCGGAAUCAGUUGCAUCCUAAAUUUGUGGUCUCUCUGGCUUCUUCGCGAUCUCCAGGUAGGGUGGAGUCUGGUCUCAUCAGCAGUCAGCCGAAGGGUGCCACAGGUGUGUUAGUUCUGACAGAUGAAGAGAAGAGAACACUUCUUGCAGAAGGCUAUCCUAUUCCUCAGCAUCUGCCUCUAACUAAAGCGGAAGAGAGGUCGUUGAAGAAAGUUCGGAGAAAAAUCAAAAAUAAGAUUUCAGCACAAGAAAGCAGGAGGAAGAAAAAAGAAUACAUGGAUGCAUUAGAAAGAAAAGUUGAAACAUUAUCCAGGGAAAAUGGUGAAUUUAAAAAGAGAAUUGAAGUUUUAGAGGGCAAUAAUAAGUCACUUCUCUGUCAGUUAAAAAAUUUACAGACGUUGAUUGGAGAAUCUUCACAAAAAACUUGCAAGAGUACACCAAUUCAAUUAUCAAAUCAGUCACUUGAAAUACAAAAUCAAAUAAAGGAGGAAAGAGACAUCUCUUCCUGUUCAGAUUUACGAGAAGUCACAAAAAGUAAGUAG